GCAGCGGCCGCGCUCGCCAUUGGCUGUCGGCAGUUGCCACUCGGGGCGGCGGCGGCCGGGGGAGGUGGUGAGGCGAUCGGGACCGAUCUUCGCGGCGGCAGCGGCGGCGGGGUGGCGGCGGCACCAUGUACGGCUUCGUCAAUCACGCCCUGGAGCUGCUCGUCAUCCGCAACUACGGCCCCGCCGUCUGGGAGGACAUCAAGAAGGAGGCACAGCUGGAUGAAGAAGGACAGUUUCUUGUCAGAAUAAUUUAUGAUGAUUCCAAAACCUAUGAUCUGGUUGCAGCUGCAAGCAAGGUUCUUAAUCUAAAUGCUGGGGAAAUUCUUCAAAUGUUUGGGAAGAUGUUUUUUGUGUUUUGUCAAGAAUCUGGCUAUGAUACAAUUCUACGUGUCUUGGGCUCAAAUGUCAGAGAGUUUUUGCAGAAUCUGGAUGCUUUGCAUGACCACCUUGCUACUAUUUACCCGGGUAUGCGAGCCCCUUCCUUUAGAUGCACUGAUGCGGAGAAGGGGAAGGGACUCAUUCUGCAUUAUUAUUCAGAAAGAGAAGGUCUCCAGGAUAUUGUCAUUGGAAUAAUCAAAACAGUAGCUCAACAGAUCCACGGUACAGAAAUAGAUAUGAAGGUUAUUCAACAGAGAAAUGAGGAAUGUGACCACAUUCAGUUUUUAAUUGAAGAGAAAGAGUCUAAAGAAGAGGACUACUAUGAAGACCUUGACAGAUUUGAAGAAAACGGUACCCAAGAGUCUCGCAUCAGUCCCUAUACUUUCUGCAAGGCCUUUCCUUUCCACAUAAUAUUUGACAGAGAUCUGGUGGUCACGCAGUGUGGCAAUGCUAUAUACAGAGUUCUUCCACAGCUGCAGCCAGGAAAUUGCAGUCUGUUGUCAGUUUUCUCCUUGGUCCGGCCCCAUAUUGAUAUUAGUUUCCAUGGGAUCCUUUCACAUAUCAAUACAGUUUUUGUACUGCGGACCAAGGAGGGGCUUUUGGAUGUGGAAAAGCUGGAGUGUGAAGAUGAACUGACUGGCACAGAAAUCAGCUGCUUACGCCUGAAAGGACAAAUGAUCUACUUGCCUGAAGCAGACAGCAUUCUCUUUCUUUGUUCUCCAAGUGUGAUGAACUUGGAUGAUUUAACCAGAAGAGGUUUAUAUCUGAGUGAUAUUCCAUUGCAUGAUGCUACCCGUGAUCUGGUUCUCUUGGGAGAGCAGUUCAGAGAGGAAUAUAAACUGACUCAAGAGCUUGAGAUCCUGACUGACAGACUGCAGCACACACUGCGUGCCCUGGAAGAUGAAAAGAAAAAGACAGACACAUUACUGUACUCUGUUCUACCACCGUCAGUGGCAAAUGAGCUGAGACACAAGCGUCCUGUUCCAGCUAAGCGGUAUGACAAUGUGACCAUUCUUUUCAGUGGCAUUGUUGGAUUCAAUGCCUUUUGUAGUAAACAUGCCUCUGGAGAGGGAGCGAUGAAGAUUGUUAAUCUUUUAAAUGAUCUUUACACGAGAUUUGAUAUUCUGACUGAUUCACGGAGGAAUCCAUUUGUUUAUAAGGUGGAAACAGUUGGGGACAAGUAUAUGACAGUGAGUGGUCUACCAGAGCCUUGCAUUCAUCAUGCACGAUCUAUCUGCCACCUGGCAUUGGAUAUGAUGGAAAUAGCAGGCCAAGUUCAAGUAGAUGGUGAGCCUGUACAGAUAACAAUAGGAAUCCAUACUGGUGAGGUAGUCACAGGUGUCAUAGGCCAACGGAUGCCACGUUACUGUCUUUUUGGAAAUACUGUCAAUCUAACAAGCAGAACAGAAACUACUGGGGAAAAAGGAAAGAUCAAUGUCUCUGAAUAUACCUACAGGUGUCUUAUGACACCAGAAAAUUCAGAUCCUCAGUUCCAGCUGGAGUACAGGGGUCCAGUUUCUAUGAAGGGUAAAAAAGAACCAAUGCAGGUUUGGUUUUUGUCCAGAAAGAGUACAGAGACAGAGGAAACAAAGCAAGAUGCUUUCUGAGCUGAGGGAAGAGGAAGAGGACGCUGGAUAGGGUGCAAUACUGUCUCCAACUAGGGUGCCAGGCAGUAAGGUUGAGUUAUGGAUGUUAUUUCACAUCAUAUCUCCCAUUUCCAUGUGCAGUACUAUUGUCUUUUGCCCUACUCCUGGAAUUAUACUCACCAUUUUUCUCCAGGCUCGCUUUUUUUUUUCCCCCUUAAUGUUUAGUAUUGUUUUAUUUCUGCUAUGAGCAUGUAUUUCAAGCUUUCCUUUUUUUUGAUAUGCAUUUUUGCACGUCAGUCAUGUGACCCUUCCUACCACCAGAUAAUAUUGACUAAAAUUUUGUAGUAUGCACGCCACAACUAACCACUUCAGUCUGAUGCUUCACAUCUUCAUCUUCAUCUCUGAAGUAUAGUGGGUAUGUGAAUCAGUGACAUUUCCGGAAAGACAGGUAUUCCAGUUGUUGGGCAGAACAAUGAACCUAAAGAACUAUUUUUAAAAAUAAUACCUAGAGCAGCAUUCUGAAAAUUAUCGUAUAAAUGUUGUUUAUCAGAUUUAGUUCUGCUGUUACCAUGCUUCCCGUUCAUUUUGUGAAUAACACUUGAUGCACUGUAAAUUCCUGGUUAGAAAAAGGUUCCUUUUUUGAUAUCAUCCUGCAUUUUCCCUUUGUAGACGCUAUGUAAACAUUUUCUAUAUUAAAGGGGGGCAGUUGUUUGUCUGAUACUGCUAUUUGAAGCAUGUGCCAAUGUACUUCUACUGAAAUGCUGUUCACUUGCGAUGUAUUUCUCAUUGAUUUAUAUUAACUAAAUUAAGUUGUCAUGUUAAUAAUAGACUGAUGGACAAUUUUAGAGCACCUGUAGUGCUUUGACUCUUUUUCUGAUGGAGCCCCCAGAAUUGAAAGGCAUGCUGCCAGGACAUGGUUGUCAUGGUUGCCUUUUGAUUUGGUCUCUCUGAUUUUCAGAAAUGAUCUUAUUUUAUUCCUUGGGAGGACCUGAUAAUAUUCUAGGCAUCAUGGCAUAAUUAAAGGAUGUAAAGCUUGUAAGGGACAUAGCAUCUUUUAUCAGCAGAUACAGUCAGUAAAAGUGGACAAGGUUUCAGAUGCACAGACCUUCCAUAACUUCAACAUACAGUGCAUUUUUAUGUGAAUAAUAUCUGUUCCUAUCUGACUGAUAAUUUCUGAGUAUUUGCAUUAUAAAAUAGGAUAGUGCAAUUACUUUGUGUAUAAAAAUUGUCUAUAUCUAGUAUACCUUAUCAGCACAGAAUAUAUAUGUAUAAAUGUUUCAUGUUAAUGUGCAAAACAAAUUGCAAUAAAUUAUUUUUUCCACUGA